AUGGACGUAAAGAAGCGUAAGAAGUCGCGCACGUCCAAGAACAAGGACUCCUCUGCCGUGCCAGAUCCAAAUAGUCGGACCCCCUCUCCGACCCUCGAAGAAUCACCCCAUGAGAAGAAGCGAAAGCGAAGUUCCGAAUCGAGUCACAAGAAGCAGAAGAAGCACAAGCACCGUUCGACUGGCAAUGAGUUGGAGAACGGCGAUCCUUCGGUCAACCCUGUAGAAGAUGAGCUGCCUCAAUCUGAAUCUGUUGCGACAAAGGCGCCUCAAAAAUCUACAGAGAAUGACGCGGAUAGCCCCCCUCAAGACGCUACAUCAGAGGCCAACACUGAAACCACCAGCACAGGGAAAGUGAAGAAGAUCCGCGGGUCUCGCAUCGGUGGAAAGAACAACAUGAAAGUAGGCUUCUUCGUCAAAGAAGAAGUGUCGGCACUGGAGACAUUCAAGGUCAAUUUCUGUAACCUCCAUGGGUUCACAGAUCACAAGAAAUUUGACGAAAUGGUCCAGCAUUCCGAGCGUGAAGGCGGCGAGUGGCCGUGCCCAGCAGACGUGUGCACUAAGACCGAAUUCUGGACCCAAAUUUACGACCUCGUCCCCGAUCGAGACCGGCGAUCUUUGUACCGGUUCAUGCGACGACACUUCCAGGAUUCAAUGCAGAAACCACACGAAUGGACUCCAGAACAAGAUAAAGAGCUCGUCACUCUUAUGACCCAACAUCCAGGCAGAUGGGCGUACGUUGCCAAGCUUCUCGGUCGCAGCGACGACGAUGUGACGCAGCGCUGGAAGAACCAGCUGGAACAUCGCGGGAAGAUGAACCGAGGCAAAUGGUCUGAGGAGGAAUUACGUUCUCUGAUGGACGCAAUCCAGAAGAUCUGGAUCUCAGCCUAUAAUAUCGAUCGUGAUACUGCUGGAAAGGACAUGUAUGAGUUACCGGAGAAGCACCUCAGAUGGGGUGUCAUUAGCGAUGACAUGGGAAAUGUGCGAUCGCGCCAACAAUGCGCGGACAAAUGGCGCAAGAUUCGAAGAUCCGUAGAGGUCAUGCGUGCCACCGGUAACCCAGAUGCCGUGUAUGAUCCCGUCGAGGCUGCCAACAAGCGUACUCGAUGGGGAUCAGGAUCCGUUACGCCGAAAAGCGCAUACUUGGUCGGUGACGACGACGAAGACGACGACAACCCCAAGGACAAAAUCGAGACAUCCGCACCCAUCAACGGUCUUGGUAUAUUUGCCGAUGCUACCCAGACACCAGCUUCAGAAGAGGCACCAACUUCCCAGCCGACCACCGAGCAGGACUCUCAGGCUGAACACAAACACGAAAUCCGCUCUCCCGCUACCUCCACACCAAGCAGCCCCGCAAACCCACCAAAGAAGAAGCACCUCGAGUUGAAUGAACCCGCUGAGCCAUCAAGUCCUCUUUCCUCAGACGCCGAGGAUAAGGCAGCACAAAAGGCCGAACAAAAGGCGACCAAAAAGGCCGAAAAAGAAAAGAGGAAAAGAGAGCGUCGAGAGCGAAGGGAAUCUAAUGCGCUUGUGGCUGCGAUUGAGGGAAGCAUCCCAAUCGAGAGUCUUAAGGAGAAGGAUAAAAAGAGCAAGAAACACAAGAGCUCAGUUGUCGAUGUUGAAGCUGAAGCUGAAAAUACCGCCACACCCAAGUCGAAGAAGAAAAGUCGCAAGUCUACGGAUGCUGGUGAAGAGCGAACAUCUACUGAUUCUCACAAGAAGAAGAAGCGGAAAUCUAUCAUCACAGAGUAA